AUGGAUGUCCCUCACUAUGUAUUCGGUGCCCAAGGUUUUGGUGUGGCCUGGACAGCUAACAACGUUGACCACUUGAUGAAGAGUCUCAUGGAGGCUGGACUUUAUCAAUUUGACACGGCUGCCCUGUAUCCCGCCACAAAUCCUGGUGAAUCUGAGGAACUACUCGGCAAAAAAAAGCCAGCAGAUGCGAUCAUCGAUACAAAGGUGCUCUUCAUUGGCGAUGACUCUUUGUCGUUCAAAAACAUAGGAGCCUCUAUCAAGGCCAGUUUGGAGCGACUGCAGGUCAAGAAGAUCCACACACUCUACGCUCAUGCCCCGGACCGCAAGACCCCGAUCCCGCUACAAGCCGCACACUUUGAUCAUUACUAUCGUGAAGGCUACUUUGAAAGGUUGGGUCUCUCCAACUACAGUCCGUCUGCAAUCCGCGCCUGGAUGGAAAUCGCAGUGGAGGAAAACCUGAUCAUGCCUUCUGUCUACCAAGGCCAGUACAACGUCUUCUGCCGAGGCUACGAGGAUGAACUUUUCCCCGUACUUCGCGAGUUCGGUAUUGACUUCGAAGCAACCUCGCCGUUGGCGGGUGGAUUCCUCACCGGCAAGCUUUCCUAUUCGCCAUCGCCCGAGCAGCUGGAGGGUACUCGUUUCGAGGUUGGAGAGGGUAACAUGCUUGGUGCAGUUUACCGUAUGUGGUAUGACCAGCCCCUCUAUCACCAAGCGAUGCGAGCCUUGGACAAUAUCGGUAAAAGACUGGGGACUACAGGGGCUCAAUGCGCGCUGCGCUGGCUGCUUUUCCACUCGAAUCUCAUGGACCCUGACCGAAUUGUCAUCGGGCCAAGCACCCUGGAGCAGCUUCAAGACUAUGUCGAUGCUCGCAAGGCCGGACCACUUCCAGCCGAUGCAGCAGGCGAGAUCAGUGCACUUUGGCCGACUCUGAAGGAAGCUGCGGCGACAAUCAUUGAGAAGGGAUGGUGGUCUCUGUGA